UUAUUUGAGACUAAACAUACAAAACAUACAUCAACAAAUAGAGUUGCAAAACAAAUAUAUGAUAAUCCUAUAAAUAAUCAAAUAGAUUUGUUCCAUAAAUGGCUUGAUAGACAUAGAGAUAUGUGUAACAAAUGGAAUAACAAAGAGGAAAUGUUAAGUAAAUUAAAAGAUGAAUGGAAUAAAGAAAAUAACGAACAUAUAUUGGAUAUACCUUUGAACGAUAAUGAUAUUAAUAAAAAUAAUGAUGAAAAUUAUAAUAUGAUUAAUCCAAACACACAAAUAAAUCAUGAAGGUAAUGAUAAAACAACUCUUGAACACCUUGGAUCAACAAAUAUUCCAUAUAAUGAUUUUAUAACAACAAAUACGAAUGUUCAAACAAAGAAUUUACGCACAAAUGUGUCUAUGGAUAUCCAUAUGGACGAA